AUCUGAAGAUCGUGAUCAGAGUCGAGCGUGUGCUGUGAAAUCUGUGAAAAUCUUGUGAACCAAGAAUUUUUUAUCAAAGAAAAAUCAAUUGAUUUUGCGUGCUGUGUUAUCCUUAUAAAAAAAAAUAUAACGUGAUCACAAAAUGUCCAAUCAAAUGGAAUUUAUGAUGCAGCUUUAUAUGAUGAACCUGCUGCAGCAACAACAACAACUGCAGCAGCAGCAGCAGCAGCAGCAACCGCAACAACAACAACAGCUGUCCAGCUUUGCCUACACACAGAAAGAGGAUAUCAGCAGCAGCACAUGCCUGCAACAGCAGCAGCAACAACUGCAGCAGCAGCAGCAACACAAGACAAGAACGCACAAACGAACAAAUUCGCAAAACACGAACUGUAGUAGUAGCCGUAGUUGUAGUCCCAAUAGUAAUUUGAAUGCUUUAUCACAACAACAAUAUGAGCAAAAUGCUACAACACUAACAACACAGGCAACACCAACAACACCUAACAACAACACAAACACUAACACAAACUUUGACUAUCAGUUGCCACAAAUGUUGCUGAGCACUUUGUCACCACUGACACAGUACAUGUUGCAACAACAACAGCAACAACAGCUGCAGCAGCAGCAACAACAACAGCCGCAGCAGCAGCAGCAGCAACAUUUGCUGACAACUUCAACAACAAACCUGUUACUAACCCCCAACACGCCCAGCUCCAUGCAGCAAAUGCUGUUGGAGAAUUUCCCUAGCUCCCUGAAAAGCGAGCAAUUUUCCGUAAAUAACUUUUUGCAAUCCUCCACAGUGACAUCAACGCCAAACGAGCAAGCAGCAGCAGCAGCAGCAACAGCAGCAACAUCUGCAGCUGGCAACCUUUCGGCAGUCACAGUCAAACAUGAGCAGGAUUUCGAUGAUGAGGACGACAAGCCGCUGUCCAGCUUGAAUAGCUGCAGCUCCUCGGGCCUGGCCAGCACCAAUGAUGCUAGCACCAGCGCCAGCACCGAGAAGCUGCUCCUGUUGUCCGGCAUACAGCCGCUGGAGAGUACGAGCACCACCGACAGCAACGACUCGCCCAGCAUGUACACGCCCGUCAAGCAGCCAGCGGACUCCUCCUACAAUGUCGUCACCAGCAUCGAUAGUAAUGAGGCCAAAUUGAGCACGCCUCUGGCACAAAGCAACUCACUGCUGACGCCGCCGCCAUCCAGUGAUCAGGGCAAGGGCAUUGUCAGUCUGAGCACGGCCAGCAGCUUGGAUGCCUUUCUGCAGAACGAGGAGAAUCUGAAGAAUCUGCGCAAGGUGUCCUCGUAUCUGGAGUGCGAAAAUACGCUCUGUCGGCAGGAGACGCUGCGCGAGCAUUUCCACUGCUACGAUGAGCCCUGCCAGGGUAAGAUAUUGAGCAAAAAGGAUGACAUCAUACGCCACCUAAAGUGGCACAAGAAGCGCAAGGAGAGCUUCAAACUGGGCUUUGCACGGUUCUCUUCCGCGGAUGACUGUGCGCCCGCCUAUGGCGAUGGCUGUGCCUACAAUUGGAAGCAGACCCACUAUCACUGCGUUUACGAGCACUGUCCCAAGGUCUAUGUGAGCACCAGCGAUGUGCAGAUGCAUGCCAACUUCCAUCGCAAGGACUCGGAGAUUGUGAACGAGGGAUUCCGGCGUUUUCGUGCCCACGAGAAUUGUCGCAUUGAAGAUUGCCCCUUCUACGGCAAGAAGAUAUCGCACUAUCAUUGUUGCCGCGAGGGCUGCAAUCACACCUUCAAAAACAAGGCCGAUAUGGACAAGCACAAGACGUACCAUUUGAAGGACUAUCAGCUGACGCAAGAUGGCUUCAAGAAGAUACUCAAAACGGAGCAGUGUCCUUUCGAGUCCUGCAAGUUCUCCACGGUGUGCAACCACAUACACUGCGUGCGCGAGAACUGCAACUAUAUCCUGCACUCAAGCAGCCAAAUGAUAAGCCACAAGCGCAAGCACGAUCGCCAGGAUGGCGAACAGGCCUAUCAGCAGUUCAAGAGCAAACAGGAGGACACGGACGACACCACCUCACUGGAUGCAACACCGCUGCCGACCAGUGCCGCCAAUAGCAACAGCUCCAACUCCACCACACCGCUCUCCUCGCUCUCCGCGGAACACUUUCUGGCACGCAAACGUGGUCGGCCGCCCAAGAAGAUUCAACUUCCCGCCGAUGCACAGCAAUCGGAGACGAAGCGUCUGAAACUGGAGGACACCGAAAGCAAUCCGGCGACAACAGCACCGACACAGUUCCAGCCUACGCCCAACAGCAAUACAUUGAGCAGCGCUCUGUUCCCCAAUCUGCUGCCCAACUUUACGGCCGCUGCCGCCGCCGCAGCUGCCGCAGACGCUGCAACGGCGCCGAAUUUCCAGCUGACGCAUUUGAUGGCGCUCUUCCAGCUGCAGAAUCCGCUCUUCUAUCAGAAUCUGUAUCCGGGCGCCGCGGCAGCCAAUAUGCUGGCCGUGCCACAGAAUGCGUCCAUGUUUGGCAAUCUGGCCGCCUUCAGCGCAGCGGCCGCUGCGGCAGCGGCGGGCGUCCAGCAGCAGCCGAAGAGCGAGUUUAGCAUUAAGCCCGAGUUCAAGGAGUAGCUGGGAACGUCCUAGCGCUCUACAGAUGUCUAUAGGUGUAUAUAUAUAUAUGUAUAUGUAUAUAGAGGUAGUCGUAGUUAUAUAGAAGACUGACUGAUACGGACGUUUUGUUAGACAGCGGCCAGGCAUCAGGCUCUAAGCAGGAUUUCGUCAAAGGGGAUCCGGUAAAAUGUUGGAUGGCCGGGACGUCUCUUUGCCUUUUUUUUAGCCCAUUCCUUCUGCAAAAGCCAACUCAGCCACAUUUUGUUGGCUCGAAAGCCUUUACAAAAUGUUGCUGAAUUCGCUUUUAUAAAUAUUUGUUUCUUUUUUUUUUAAACCUUUUCUUAUCCAAAAAUUUCAGCAUUUCGAACUAAAAAAAAAUAAAACUUGAAUUUAGUUUAACUAAAACUGUGAUGUU